AUGACCUACACCAUCGGAGACCGGAUCAUCACGUUCAGUGCCAAGGGCCUCACUCCCGAAGAUGAACGUAUCGUCCGUGCCCAUCCUGACAUGCUUCGUUACUGUCUCAACUCCACAGUCCACAGUUAUCUACUCAGUAUGAAGAAAAUAGUCCAUCUUUACACCGACAUCAUUACCAUCUACAGCACGCUUCUCCUGAAGGUGCCCAACUACGAUGAUGUCACGAACAUGACCAAUAAAACCAAAUUGAAUUUUGUUCGUUUGGAAGAGGAUUUGAACGUUGUCUUCGGCAAGAGUCUAUCAGCAGUCAAUGAAGGCUGGGAACAGAAACACUAUGAGAAACAGCUCAAACCUAUGGUGGUUCUUAUCUUGAAGAGCUGUAAUGAGCUGUUUAAUCACCUUUUUAAAACACUCAACUGCAUCGACGUGUUCUUUCUGUCAUUUGAUAAUCUCAAGAAACUUCUCAUUCCAUGUCUACUCACUCACACCCAAAUGAUCCAGAAACUGAUUGCAGGCGCCAUCUACUUCUUUGGUCUAACCACCAUCACCGACGAGUUAGCCAACGUGGGCGACUUCGAUGCCACCAUCAUUAGACAACUCACCAAGAUCGACUCUAUCACUUCAGGCCUCGAACGUGAAGCCAAGUUGCUCGAUAUGGUAUUCACAACCAUCGAUACGUCAUUGCAACAGUACACAAACAUUCUUCUUGGACGAGCCAUUCUCAAAAGAGACGUGGAAGAGGUGGACUGUCGCAUCAUUCGUAGAAGAGACGUUUGCUUCCAGGCUGCUGAACAUGUGGUCAGCAUCCCACUCACGGGGGAUCAACUUACAGCAUUGUCGAUGCUGCAUUUCACUAAGCAUAUUUUUUACUUCAUUUCGGCAAUACUAGUGGUGGUUGUCGUUGUACUUUAUAGGCUUUAUGCCGUGAUCUUUGGGUAG